AUGGGCCAAGCUUCGACGCAGCCAAGCACAAACUGGCACCUGAAAGACAAUGCAAGAGAUCACCACACAGGCAAGUUCUCCAGUGAAGAGUUGAUUGUGAGGAGAGGACAGGCCUUCACUGUCACUUUCAAUGGGACACAACAGCCAGAGCAGAACAUAACCUUCAUUGCAGAAACAGGUCCCAAACCCUCAGUGCGGGCUAAGACCCAGGCCACAUUUGGGGUCUCCAGCACAGUGAGCAAGGAGAACUGGAGUGCAGUUCUUCAGUCUGCCAGUUCCAGCUCUGUCAGCGUCUCCAUUUCCAGCCCACCCAACGCUGUCAUUGGACGUUACAGGCUGAGUGUUCAAAGUACUGCAAGUGGCAGCUCCUCUCCAGCAAGCCUUGGCACUUUUGUCUUGCUCUUCAACCCUUGGUCUUCAGAUGAUGAUGUCUUCAUGCCUAAUAAGGCUGAGUGUGAGGAAUAUGUGCUAGAAGAGUUUGGCAUCAUUUUUGCAGGCAACAAAAAUCGCAUCAACGGCUUUGGAUGGAACUUUGGCCAGUUUCAAGGAGAUAUUCUCAAUAUUUGCCUUUCCAUGCUGGAUCGAAGCUUAAAUCACCGCCAGGACCCUGCCACGGAUGUGUCUCACCGCAACGACCCCAAGUACCUGGGCCGUGUUCUCAGUGCCAUGGUCAAUGCCAAUGAUGACCAAGGGGUGCUGCUAGGAAACUGGAGUGGAACAUAUGAGGGUGGGAAAGACCCAAGCAGCUGGACUGGAAGUGGUGAAAUCCUGCAAAACUGGAAGAAAUCAGGAUACAGACCUGUUAGAUACGGACAGUGCUGGGUUUUUGCAGCAGUACUGACUACAGUGCUGAGGUGUCUGGGGAUUCCCACUCGGAUGGUGACAAACUUCAGCUCUGCCCACGACGCAGACGCAAAUCUGCGUGUGGAUGAGUUUUAUGAUGCAGAGGGAAACCACUUGGACAGGGGAGCGGACAGUGUGUGGAAUUUCCAUGUCUGGAAUGAAAGCUGGUUUACCCGCAGUGACUUGGGCCCCUCCUACAAUGGAUGGCAAGUUCUGGAUGCAACUCCCCAAGAGGAAAGUGGAGGAAUCUAUCAGUGUGGUCCUACCUCACGGAAAGCUGUCAAGGAAGGAGAGGUGGAUCUGGACUACGACUGCGCCUUCGUCUUCGCAGAAGUGAAUGCAGACUGCAUGUACUGGAACUAUGAGCCCACAACUGGAAAGAAAACCCUGAUCUUCUCCAAGUCUACUGAGAUUGGCCAGCUCAUCAGCACCAAGGCUGUUGGCAGAGAUGAUCGGGUAGAUGUCACCAAUGACUACAAAUACGAGGAAGGAUCCAAAAGAGAGAGAGAGAUUUUUAAAAAAGCCCGCAAGAAGCUGGGACUUGAGGAUAAAUUUGAUCCUACAGCACCGACACCACGGGAGGUUGACCAAAAGCCUGACAUCUCAGGGAAGUUCAAAGUGGAUGGCCCCUUACAGGUGGGCCAAGAUCUCAGUCUGAUUCUGGUUCUUGCAAACUUACAGUCUGAUGCUAAGACUGUUCAUGCCAACAUGACUGCCUGGAGCACCCUGUACACCAGAAAACCAGUUGGUGAGAUCUGGAAGGACUCCAUAGAUGUCACCUUGUCUCCUAAGGAAGAGAAACAGUUCCCUAUUAAGAUUCCAUAUACUGACUACCAGCAGCAGUUAACUGCAGACAACAUGAUCCAGGUGACAGCUUUGUGUCACGUAGAAGGUGGGAUUCAAGUGCUUGUGCAAAGAGACAUCACCUUGGACAAUCCUGCCAUCGACAUACAGGUCCUUGGUGAAGCAAAAGUGAAUAAAGAACUGGAUGUGGAAGUGGUAUUUGCCAAUCCUAUUGAUGUGGAAGUGAUGGACUGUGUGCUGCAGGUACAAGGCAAUGACCUGCUCAGAGGAAUCCUUGAGAUAGACUUACCCCCACUGAAAGCCAGUGAGAAAUCCAGUGCAAAGUUCAAACUCACCCCUUUUGAAACGGGGCCCAAACAUCUACUUGUGAAUUUCUCCUGUGAUAAAUUUGCACAUAUCAAGGCCUUCAAGAUGGUAAAUGUGACUGACUAA